AUGUAUCAACAACCGAAUCAUUCACAACAGUCGUCGGAGUCUCUUAGAAGAUUUUCUUCAAACAAUCCAUUCCGCCAAUUCAAGGCCCCUACACACGCUAACCAAUCGACUGGCUCUUUCAGAUCGUCAAAUUCAGCAUUUGACGAUUGGGUUGAGAAAAAUAAAAAACUUAUGGAUCAUUCAGAUGAUGAAGUGACUGAAGAUACAAUUGUAAACAUGUACGGUGGGUCUGUAUCGCCUACCAAAGAGGUUGUACACCAACCACCGAAAAUGCCCGCUGCUCCAAUUAGAGCCGGUAGUGACAGUAGUGUCAACUACGCUCCCAAUGUGGAAAGAAAAAUGUCAUCCAAUAACCCCUUUGCCGCUGCAUUGAACGAGCCUAAUGCUUACGUUCACCACAGAGACCCACCACCACCACCUGGCACCCAGACCAGAACGCGUACCAAUACGCCUCCUGCUCGUCCUCCAAAACCUUCAGGAUUAGCUCCACCUUCAUAUGAAGAGGCCGCCGGCCCAGAAGUGUCUAGAAGUUCAGAAUACCCACGAGAAAAACCAGCGUCGUCGACCUCGUCGUCGUCGUCGAGACCCCCUGAACAUCAAUCAACCAGGGACGCGUCCAAUAGACCCCCACGUCGUUCUAGAAGCGAGUCCGAUAAGAAAACAUCUUCUCACCGUCAUAGAGAUAGAAGCGAUAAGGAUAGAGAAAGAAGACAUAAAAAGUCUCCUUCGAAGAAGGCUGCACAACCAGUCAAGUCCAAGAAUUUGGAUACCAUUGAUAAGUUGGAUGUCACCGGAUUCUUUGGAGGUGGAUUCCAUCAUGAUGGACCCUUUGAUGCAUGUACUCCACAUCGUAACAAAAACGUUAAAGCUGCUCCUGUGAUGGCAUUCCCAGCUGAUGGGCCAAACAAUUCCAUAUCUGGAUCUAAGGUCAACAAACAUCCUCAUAUGAAUAUGGCAUUUGGUAAUUACGAUGAAUCACAAAAUGAAAUUGUUGGUAGAGCCCCUGGAAAGGUUGAUGUUCCUUACACUAAAACCAACCACUCCAACAAUAGCGAUCCCACUGCUGCCUUGUACUUACCUAAGCAUAACCCAUCAGUAGUUAACUUUGAUGCCAAUCAAAAGGCUGUGCCAGUACACGGGGAAGUUACCCCUGGCUUAGGAUCAUCCACAUUUGUUGACGGUGCACCAGCUCCAAAGGCAGCAGCUGCCGACGAAUAUUUAGCACCUCCCAACGGAGGUGGAUUGGGUAGAAAGAAGUCCCUUGUUCAAAGAUUAAGGAAAAACAGUAAUAGUGAGAAUAAUUCAAGACGAGGCUCCAAUGAUUCACCUGAACCAAGGAGUUAUUUAACUGCUGAAGAAGAAGGUUCUGGAAAUUCACUUCUUAAAAGAGUAAGGAGUUUAAAGGUUGGGAGAAAGUAG